AUGGAACAAGGCCCUAUACCUUUAACAGCCCGUGAGGCUGCAUCUGGUCUCUUGGGCUCAGUCUCUAUGACCUGCUGGUUUUUCCUUUUGGUACCUCAACUAAUUGAGAAUUAUCGCAAUGGCAACUCAGAGGCUAUAUCUCUCCUCUUCCUCUUUGUUUGGUUCGUCGGCGAUGUCGCAAACCUUGCUGGUGGCCUACUAGCCGGGCUUGUGCCCGUGAUCGUUGCGAUCGCGGUAUACUUCUGUAUGGCAGACGGCGUGCUCAUCGCGCAAUGUUUGUACUAUAAAGUGCGCAACUCGCGUCCCGAGCCUCUCCACCGCCGACGCUCGUCCACCGUCUCUGUGGAGCCGACUACCCCGUUGCUGGGGCGGCGAUUCAGCGAAUCUAUCGCGUCGCGGCGCCGGUCGUCGGGCUCACUGCGCCGGUAUCACACUGGUGGCCGGCGCGAGAGUGAGGUCGAGGAUACCCUGGCCAAGAUCGUCGAGGAGAAUGAUUAUGGCCGCAAGGCAUGGAUCAAGAAUUUUACUAGUGUUGUUGGAAUUUUCCUCAUUGGUGCGACUGGUUGGACCAUGGCUUGGCAGACCGGGAUGUGGGCGCCGGCGCCUUUGGAUAAUAACAAUGGUUCUGAGGAGGCUGUUGGGGGGCUGCUGCUGGGGUAUUUCAGCGCCGUGUGCUAUCUGGGAGCGAGAUUGCCUCAGAUCUAUAAGAACUGGAGCGAGAAGUCGUGCGAAGGGUUGUCGCUCUUGUUCUUUAUUCUCUCUCUUAUGGGAAACCUGACUUACGGUGCAGGAAUUCUUUGCCAUUCUACAGAGAAAGAGUAUUUCCUCACCAAUCUUCCUUGGCUUAUUGGAUCGCUGGGAACUAUUGUUGAGGAUGCCGUCAUCUUCUUCCAAUUCCGGAUCUACGCUGUUCAAGACCCUCAUCUCUCGGCGAUCUCCUAA